AACAACUGCCUCAGGGGCGCAAAACUUGAGAGAACUGAGAAGCUAGUGGAACGGAUUCAACACUGACAUUUCAAAUAUUCACAUCGAAAUGGAAGAAUUCAACGCCGAAGCGGUUUUCAAACAACAACAAGAAGCCUGUACAAAAUUCUUUCGCGACAACCUCCCCAAAGAUGUGCUUGAGCCAAUGUCAGAGGAAGAAAAGCCCGAGAAUACGAAGAAGUUCAAAGGUCCUGUCUAUGAUAUAACAGGGUUUGAUGCUGAAAACGUUGUCGCUCUCCUCUCUAACAUUGUCAACGACAAGGAGCAGUUUACGUCUAACAAGACCUUUUACUUGCUGUUACAAAACAGCCAUGGCUCAAAGCCGGAUGACGAGAUAGAGGAGCUCUUCAGACUCAAAGCAAGGCCUAAACCAAAGACCAACCUGGCAAUGGCAUCGUGUUUCUACGUCCGACAGGAAAGAAGAAGUUUACUCAAUACGCAAAAAAGUACGAUGAGUUGAAAGGUGCCUUAGAGGCACAUUACGAGGACGACA